AUGCUAACCACUAAACAAAGAACAUUUAUUCGAAUAAUAUUUCUCAUAGCAUUGAUAUUAUUGUUACUUACGGCUAUUCCCCGAAGCUCAUUUAAAGCUAGUGAAUAUUAUCAACAUAAUGGGCAUAAUCAAUUAACAACUUUGGACGAUUCUUUAAGUUCCACCCUUGGCUUUGAUCAUAUUUAUCUCAUUAACCUUGCUAAGAGACCGGAUAGACUUGAAAAAAUGAAAAGCAUGGUAAAUGCGCUUAAUUUAGAUGUUGAGUAUUUUACUGCCAUUUCAACGGAUGAUCACAAAACUCUCGAUAGAUUUAAUAAUGCGACUUAUAUGAAUGCAACGCAUAAAGCUUGUUUCGUAAGCCAUUAUUUGAUCUAUCUGUCAAUCGCCUACAAUCGUUACGAAAGUGCAUUGAUAUUGGAAGAUGAUGUGGAUAUUGAACUCAACAUUACAUCAAUAAUGACAUAUAUUCACAGUGUAUUACCAUCGGAUUGGGAUCUUUUAUAUAUCGGACAUUGUAUGGGCUGGGAAGGCGCUUUCGAUCCUCCUUUGGAAGAAACAUCAGAAACUUUUAAACUAUAUCCAUCUAAAAAACCAUAUUGUACACAUGGUUAUGCAAUUUCAGCCGCUGGUGCACUCAAGCUUAUAAAAGAACUUGCCACAUUAUAUGUACCACUUGAUCUCCAUUUGAUCUCAAAGAUUGAUGAAGGUGUCUUCAAAGCAUAUAGUGUUAAUCCGGCAGCUAUUAUACAAACCAACGAUAAUCCCUCUGAUGUAUCUCCUGAUGCCGAAUUCUUGGAAUAUAAGACUCUGAUAAAUUCCACCCUACAAUCACUUGGACUUAAAUAA